AUAUAAGUAGCCCCAAAAAAACAAUUUUUGUAGAAUUGUUUGACCCGUCUUCACUACCACAAUGGAAUUUAACAUAGUCAAAGUGUUUCUCCUAAUCCUGUCGCUGGUGGUUUUAACUUCUGCUGCACCAUCGCCUAGAUUUGGGGGCGGAGGCUCCGGUGGAGGCUUUGGUGGAGGCGGUGGCCGAGGUGGCGGUUUCGGAGGAGGCAGAGGAGGCGGUUUCGGCGGCGGCAGAGGAGGAGGUGGAGGAUUUGGUGGAGGUCGUGGCGGUGGUGGAGGUUUUGGCGGCGGUUUUGGUGGAGGAAAUGGAGGAGGAGGUGGUUUUGGAGGUGGAUAUGGUGGCGGAUAUGGACGAUAAAUUAUUGCCAAGUAAAUUGUUAACGUUUAUAAAAUUUUAUUGAUGUAAUAAAAUACAAAAAUAUAAAUAAAUAAGUAAAUAAAUUAA